AUGUCCAGUGUUCCAUUCAGAGAAAUAGAAGUACCUGUAUUUGACAAAUACAAAGCCGUAGCUAUUCUAGCUAAGAAUGUUACGAACUUACAAAAUAUAAAAGAAAACUUAAUAAAAGGAAACACAGAUUACGAUUAUUCCUUUAUAAAUGCACAGAACAUCAUAAGCCUAGAACAAUUAUAUAGUGCCUUUUAUAAAGUCAUGUUAGAUGAAAGUCAUGGAUCCAUGAAGUCGAGGACUUUGCAUACUGAAUUAAUCUAUGCUCUUUCACCAUUCAAGAAUAUUCUGGAUUGUCUCAACAAAUUUGGGAUAUCCAAAACAUCUGAUACAUUACUUGUUGUGAAGAUUGUGAAGGGGGAGACUGUGACUCCCAUUUUCAUCAAAGAGAACCUUGAAAAUUUAGAAAGAAUAAUUGAUGGUGAUUUAAUCGAAUUAAAUGACGAAAACUUGCAAGGUUCAGCUAACGUGAAAAUGAUUGAAAAAAAUUACAAACUCAACAUUAGGAAUACUGCAUUGAAAGAUAACUGGGAUGAAAUUACCAGGAGUUUAGUCGCCAUCACACAACUUAAGGGUUUAUAG